CACAGACUGUUAAUUUAAAGAGGGAAAAAAAGCCGCUCAGAGUGUUGUAACUUGCAGGGAACUUUCUAGAGGAGGGAGAGGAGUCACGAUUAACUGACUUCCGGUUUAGGGCUCUGCAUAGUGUGUUUUCAGCGUCACUCAGAAAGAAAAUGUCUUACCAAUCUGAGGAUUAUCUCUCCUGUACAGUCUGCCAUGACAUUUUUAAAGACCCUGUUGUCCUGUCAUGCAGCCACAGCUUCUGCAAAGACUGUCUGCAAACAUGGUGGAGAGGGAAACCUAUAGAGGAGUGUCCAAUUUGUAAGAGGAGAUCAUCGAGGAGCGAUCCACCUUGUAACUUGGUACUAAAGAACCUGUGUGAGAGCUUCUUACUGGAGAGGGAUCAGAGAGCUUCAGCAGGGUCUGGGUCUCUCUGCAGUCUGCACUCAGAGAAACUCAAACUCUUCUGUCUGGACCAUCAGCAGUCAGUGUGUCUCGUCUGCAGAGAUUCAGUGACACACAACAACCACAGAUUCAGACCCAUCGAUGAAGCUGCACGGGAUCACAGAGGGGGGCUCCGGAAAUCACUUAGUCCUCUACAGGAGACACUGAAGCUGUUUGAACAAGUUAAAGGAAACUGGGAUCAGACAGCAGAACACAUUAAGGUCCAGGCCCAACACACAGAAAGACAGAUUAAGGAGCAGUUUAAGAAGCUUCACCAGUUCCUACAAGAGGAAGAGGAGUCCAGGAUCGCUGCUCUGAGGGAGGAAGAGGAGCUGAAGAGUCAGAUGAUGAAGGAGGAGAUUGAGGCUCUGAGCAGAGAGAUAGCAGCUCUUUCAGACACAACCAGAGCCACAGAGGAGGAGCUGAGAGCUGAAGACGUCUCAUUCCUGCAGAACUACAUUGCUGCAGUGGAAAGAGUCCAGCAGCGCCCCCUGCCGGAUGAUCCAAAGCUGGUCUCGGGAGCUCUGAUAGACGUGGCCAAACAUCUGGGCAACCUGGCCUUCAACAUCUGGAACAAGAUGAAGGAAAUGGUCUCCUACACUCCUGUGAUUCUGGAUCCAAACUCUGCUCAUCCAGAAUUUAUCCUGUCUGAAGACCUGACAAGUGUGAGAUUUGGAGAGAGACAAAACCUUCCUGAAAACCCAGAGAGGAUUGACUAUCACCGCUCUGUCUGGGGCCAGGAGGGCUUUACCUCAGGGACUUACAGCUGGGAUGUUGAAGUUCAAGACAAUACGGCCUGGUUUGUUGGUGUGGCUGCAGAGUCUGUCCACAAAAAGGGACGAAUUAAAUCUGGGUUCUGGCAAGUCGAGUUCUACAAUGGUAAAUACAGCGCACGCUCGGUGGGAAAUCCACCUGCUGCUCUCCGAGUGAAGAAGAAGCUCCAGAGGAUCAGGGUUCAUCUGGACUGGAACAGAGGAAAACUGUCGUUCUUUGAUCCUGAUACUAACACACACAUACACACCUUCACACACACUUUCACUGACCGGCUGUUCCCAUGCAUAGGCACUUUGAGUGAACUCCCCCUGAAGAUAGUACAGGACAAGAUCUCUUUAGCCAGGGAUAAAGUACAGAGGUGUUAA